AUCUACUGGUUCUUAUUGUGAUCACCAAUCAAAUGAUAGAAACCUGCAAGUCCUACAUCACUUGCCGUAGUAAGGAGACAAUUUGGUCUCAAGAUCGCAAUGUUAUUCGCACAAAGUUAGGCAAUUGCAUCAAGCUAAACCACAUAUACCACGAGACCUACUACACCGUUAGAGAGCAACCAUUUUUACCCAAUCAAACACCGUUCGGUUUCUCGGAAAAUUUCGUUUUUGGAAAGUUUGAUACAUUUUGUGAUCGCCUGUCGAAAAUCAUUUCCAUGUUUAAUCUAAUCGAUGAUUACAACCAUCUAUUCGAGCGCCGUUUGGAGGGUCUACUAUUAGCGGAAACACUCCAAGAUGCCAGCAACCAUUUUGAAGAGGCCAAGAAGGAGAUCUUGUCGAAGAAAUACGAUUACUUGGAUCACCGCAACGGGGAAUUCAAUGACGAUUUCGAACGCUUCAUGAACAAAACCGACUCAUUGAAAGACACCAUCGCCACUCUUAUCGAGACAAAUUUCGACACCGUGUGGGAGACACCGCAAUGCAUUCGCUUCUUAACUCGCUUUGAGAGGGUCAGUGAGAAGAUACCGCUCAGUAAGAUGGAUGAAAAAUAUGUGCGCAUCAUCAAGUAUGUGGAUAAAGAAGUGGACCGGGUGAAUAAGAUGUUCAAAAAACAACGUGACGACCCGCCCGUCUGUCGAAAUUUUCCACCGAUCGCAGGUCGUAUUCGUUGGAGUCGCGCUUUGGAUGCGCACAUGAAAGAACUGAUGGACGCUGUACUGGAGCACCAGGUGCUAAGUGGUCUACCUUUGACGAAAGAUCUAGAAAAUCGCUACAACAAUGUAACCGGAAUGCUAAGGGAGUAUGAGGAAGAGAUCGUAUCUAUAUGGCUGGAUCAGGAUGUUAGCGUAGCCGAUGCAUGCCUCUUACAGCCUCUCUUGGCCCUGCAAGGCGACCGAUUAUUCGUUAACCUGCAUCCCACUAUACCGCUGCUGAUACGCGAAGCCAAGAUGUUGGCCAAGCUAGACAUUGAAUUGCCCAUUGUUGCCGCCACAUUGAUGAGUCGCCAAAAGUACUUCACCAACAUACAGGACUCAUUAAAUUGUUUGAUUAAAAUGUUUUUGACAACUGUGCGUGCCGUUAAAUUGGAAGUGCGUCCAUUGUUUCUGCCGCAAUUGGUGCGUCUGACGGCAAUGCUGAAACCUGGCCUCCACACUAUAAAUUGGACUCAUCAAAAUUGGACGGAGUUCUAUGAGCGUUGUAAGCGCGCCAUUGAGACAUUUAAUGUACUGGUGGCACGUGUGCACGACAUCUACUCCAAUCGCAUUUUAAAUGUGCUAAUGUGGAUGCAGGAUGUGUCCUUACAAGUCCUGCCCGCAGAAGACGAAAUUUGGACAGUGGACGAGUUUUUACAAAAAAGUGAAGAUGCAUGCAGACACGCGGCCAUUGAAUUGAAUCGCAAAAGCCAAAUGGUUUCGGAGGCCGUGGAGGAGGUGUUGAAUUUGGUUGACAAGGCGACUGAGACAUUCAAGCAAAUCGCCGGCGAUGAUAUUGUCACUUUGUUUGAUGCAGCCUCGCGAAAUCAGACUCAACCAUCAUCCGCUCGAAAGGGCGAGGAGGAGAGCGCAGGUGCAGCCGGGUCAAGUGCGGCUGCUGGCAACAAUGAAAACGCCGGCGGCGGAGGUGGGGGCGGUGGCGGCGGCGCUGCCAGCCAGCAGCAGGAUUGGAGCAUUCUAUGGUCUUGUUUUGAGAACCCACUAACUCUCCUCUCGACAACAGAGAGUUUGCCCAAGGGCAUGCAGGAUAUGGUGUGCAAUGCGGUUGUGGAGAUGCGGCGCUACUAUAGCAGAAAGGUAAUCGAUGUGCUGAUUAAGGUAAUACGUGGCGCUUUGGACACCAUCAGGCGUCGCUUUGUCGCCGACGAGAAUGACACCGUACCAAAGAAGCCGAUAUUCGCGCUGCAUGCACAAUUGCAGAUCCCAAUUGUGGUGAUCAAACCUAAUCUGGAUGAGUUGCAGGAGAUACUGAUAACGGCGGGCAAAAAUAUCACUGGCAUUGCCAAAGGCGUGGCGCAGUGGAACAGCGGCAAAGAGCCGGCAAGUGUAGUUGCUCACAAAAUUUACAAAUAUAUACACACAUACAUACGUACAUACAUUUAAAAAUAGUGUUGAAUAUCUUUUUUGCAUUAACAGCAAGUGUCACUGACGCCGCAACCUCGCGUUGGCCGAAAUCACAACACGGGAAACCGAGCGCGCCGCCGCAAGCUAUAUACGCUAGCCUCCGAAGAGCGUCCGCAAAUGCCGCACAUGUUGAAAUCAUUUUAUGCCGCCAUCAUGGAUAACAAAGAGGUGGCAAAGGCGCUCAAUUUGCUGUCGAAUUGCACCAAGAACAUCAAACCCGAUAUACAAAGCUACAUUAAGCGUUGGAAACCAUAUCAUUUCCUUUGGAAGAACGACCGCACAACGCGCCAACUAAUGGAGUUCGGAUUGCAAGAGUUUGAGACGACGCUGCGUUGCUUGGCCGAGUUGGACGCCAACCUGUUGGUGGAGCCAGAAAUGGAGGUGUUCGGCCAGUGUUUGGCCGUCUACAAUGAACGUCUCAAAUAUGGCUUGGCCAUUGAAAUAAAAUCCUGUAAUCACAAGAUUGGUCAGGCCAUGAAGAAGAAGUACAAAAAGGAGAUGGACUAUGUCUACGCAGUAAUUAACGAAAUGGAUAGAAAGUUAGACAGGCCAAUACGUGAUCUUGACGAUGUGCGAAUGAUCAUGGAAACCUUGGCUAAAAUAAGGGAGCAAGAAGUUGACAUGGAGUUGCGCAUCGAUCCAAUAGAAGAAGCCUUCAAUGUACUCACCCGCUACGAAGUUCAGGUGGAGCGUGAACAAUUCGAUUUGGUAGAUAAUUUGCGAGGCACGUUCCAAAAUCUGUUGGCCUGUGCACUUCAGGCCCAAGUCAAGCUGCUCGAGAUGCAACCGUCCUUUCAGGAUGACCUACGCAAUAAUUUGGAUAAAUUUAAACAAGAUAAGAUACAGUACGUCAACGAAUAUCGCACUGCUGGCCCAAUGCAAGCAGGUCUGACACCGCGCGAGGCUUCCGAUCGCUUGAUAUUAUUCCAAAAUCGCUUUGAGGGUAUGUGGCGUCGUCUACAGACAUAUCAAAGUGGUGAAGAGCUAUUUGGUUUGCCACAAACGGAUUAUCCCGAAUUGGGACAGAUUCGAAAAGAGCUAAAUUUGUUGCAGAAACUCUACAAACUGUACAAUGACGUAAUCGACCGCGUCAGCAGCUACUACGAUAUACCCUGGAAUGAGGUGGACAUUGAAGAGAUCAACAACGAACUGAUGGAGUUCCAGAAUCGUUGUCGCAAACUCCCGAAAGGGUUGAAGGAAUGGCCAGCUUUCCAUGCACUAAAGAAAACCAUCGACGAUUUCAAUGACAUGUGUCCACUACUGGAGCUGAUGGCGAAUAAGGCGAUGAAGCCGCGCCACUGGCAGCGCAUCAUGGACGUAACAAAAUAUAUUUUCGAGUUUGACUCGGAAGGCUUCUCACUAAAGAACAUCUUGGAAGCGCCGCUGCUGAAACACAAAGAAGACAUUGAAGACAUUUGCAUUAGCGCAAUGAAGGAAAAAGAUAUAGAGGCGAAGCUGAAACAAGUCACCAACGAGUGGUCCGUUCACGAAUUGCAAUUCAUGAGCUUUAAUAAUCGCGGUGAAUUGCUGCUGCGAGGUGAUACAACUGCUGAGACAAUAGGCCAGCUGGAGGACAGUUUGAUGGUACUGGGCUCGUUGCUAUCCAACCGUUACAAUGCACCAUUCCGCAAGCAAAUACAACAGUGGGUUUACGAUCUUUCAAACUCGAACGAGAUUUUGGAACGCUGGCUGCUGGUGCAAAAUAUGUGGGUAUAUUUAGAGGCUGUCUUUGUAGGUGGCGACAUCGCUAAGCAGUUGCCGAAAGAAGCUAAACGCUUCUCUAAAAUCGACAAGUCCUGGCAGAAGAUUAUGCAACGCGCUCACGAGACGCCAGGCGUGGUGGCCUGCUGUGUGGGCGAUGAUCUCCUCAAGCAGCUAUUACCGCACUUGCAGGAACAGCUGGAAAUUUGUCAAAAGUCACUUAGCGGCUAUUUAGAGCGAAAGCGUAUGAUGUUUCCACGUUUCUUUUUCGUUUCGGAUCCGGCCCUAUUGGAGAUACUUGGUCAGGCCUCCGAUUCGCACACCAUACAAAACCAUCUGCUAUCAAUUUUCGAUAACACGCGAAAGGUGAAAUUCCAUGACAUCGAGUAUAACAAGAUGAUGGCGAUAAUCUCCAGCGAGGGUGAAAUGAUACAACUGGAUCGCGCUAUUCGUGCUGAGGGUUCUGUCGAGACAUGGCUAACUCAGUUGCUGGUCACAGCACAGCAGUCAUUGCAUUCGAUUAUCCGCACCGCUUAUGCUACAAUUAAUGAUCCAAAUUUCACUUUGUUGGGAUUUUUAGAGAAAGUCCCAGCGCAAAUUGGUCUUUUGGGUAUUCAAAUGAUUUGGACACGCGACGCGGAAAUGGCGCUGAUGCAGGCCAGGCAUGAGAGGAAAGUCAUGUCGGAGACGAAUAAUAAGUUUUUAGAAAUUUUAAAUACGCUUAUUGAUCAGACAACAAGGAACUUGACAAAGAUGGAGCGCACUAACUUCGAAACUCUAAUUACCAUACAUGUACAUCAACGGGAUAUUUUUGACAUACUGUGUCGCAUGAAUAUUAAGUCGGCAAACGACUUUGAGUGGCUGAAGCAGUGCCGUUUCUAUUUCAAAGAAGACCUGGAUAAAACCUGGAUUUCCGUGACGGACGUUACUUUUACUUAUCAAAAUGAGUACCUGGGCUGUACAGAUCGUUUGGUGAUCACGCCGUUAACAGAUCGAUGCUACAUCACGCUUGCCCAGGCGCUUACCCUGAGCAUGGGCGGGGCGCCAUGUGGACCGGCGGGUACGGGCAAAACGGAGACUGUUAAGGACAUGGGCAAGACGCUGGCUAAAUACGUGGUUGUAUUUAAUUGCUCCGACCAAAUGGAUUACAGAGGCUUGGGCCGCAUUUACAAGGGUUUAUCACAGUCCGGCACCUGGGGCUGUUUCGACGAAUUCAACCGCAUCGAACUUCCGGUGUUGUCGGUGGCGGCGCAACAAGUUGCCGUUGUACUGACGGCCAAGAAGGAGAAAAAGAAAACAUUUAUCUUCACCGACGGCGAUACGAUUGAGAUGAAUCCUGAAUUUGGCAUUUUUAUAACAAUGAAUCCCGGUUAUGCUGGCCGUAAAGAACUGCCUGAAAAUUUAAAAAUACAAUUUCGCACUGUUGCUAUGAUGGUGCCAGACAGACAAAUAAUUAUACGCGUCAAAUUGGCGUCCUGUGGCUUUUUGGAAAAUAUCACUUUGGCGCGCAAAUUCUAUACACUUUACAAAUUGUGCGAGGAGCAGCUGACCAAGCAAGUGCACUAUGACUUCGGCUUGCGUAAUAUACUAUCGGUGCUCCGUACGCUAGGCGCCGCUAAGCGAAGGAACUCAAAGGAUGGCGAGAGUACGAUUGUGAUGCGGGUCCUGCGCGAUAUGAACCUCUCGAAGCUGAUCGACGAAGACGAACCACUAUUCAUGUCGCUGGUGUCGGAUUUGUUUCCCAAUCAGACGCUCGAAAAGACCAAUUAUCCAGAGCUGGAGGCAGCAAUUGCACAGCAAACUGAAGAGGCGAAUUUGGUUUACCAUCCUCCAUGGGUUCUUAAGCUAAUACAACUCUACGAGACUCAAACUGUCCGACAUGGCAUCAUGACUUUGGGUCCGAGUGGCGCCGGUAAGACCACUUGCAUCCACACUCUAAUGAAGGCGCUCACCCAAAUGGGCGAUAAUCAUCGGGAGAUGCGCAUGAAUCCGAAGGCUAUAACGGCUGCACAAAUGUUUGGACGCUUGGACGUGGCUACCAACGAUUGGACUGACGGCAUAUUCUCGGCGCUAUGGCGGAAGACCCUGAAGCUGAAAAGUGGCGAGCACGUUUGGCUCGUACUGGACGGUCCGGUCGACAGCAUUUGGAUUGAGAAUCUGAAUUCAGUGCUUGAUGAUAACAAAACAUUGACCUUGGCGAAUGGAGAUCGUCUGACAAUGGCGCCAACCGUGAAAAUCAUAUUCGAGCCUCACAACAUAGACAACGCUUCGCCAGCAACGGUGUCACGCAACGGUAUGGUCUAUAUGAGUUCCUCUGGAUUGGAUUCGAGACCGAUUGUACAGGCUUGGCUGAAAAACCGUGCCCCCGGUGAGAAGUCCGUGUUCUGGAAUCUCUUUGAGCAGACAUUCGUGCAGGUCUACAAUUGGGGCACGCAAAACCUCAAGUUGCUGAUGUCGGUGCUGCAGUGCAAUAUAGUCGGCCAGAUGCUAUCGAUUCUGGAGGGUUUGGUGCCGGUUAAGAAGGAGGAAGAGCAGGCCGUUAGUAUGUCGAGUAAAGAAACUACCGACGAUGAGCUUCCCGAGGAGCCAGUUGUUGAGGAGAAAGAAGAUACUUGCACACCCGAGCACCUGCAGCGUUUAUAUAUCUUCGCGUUGGCUUGGGGCCUCGGUGGAUAUCUCAGCGCCGCCGAUCGCAAACGGCUAGACCUAUACGUCAAAGAAGCCUUCCCUCAGCUGGACUACGCGCAGGGCACGCCCAAUGAAAAUAGUAUUUUUGAUUUCUUCGUUUCCGAAACGGGCACCUGGCAGGCAUGGAAGACACUGGUCACUCCUUAUAUGUAUCCUGAACUAUCUACGCCGGAUUUCCUGAAUAUACUGGUGCCUAUUGUUGACAAUGUACGCAUGGAUUACCUAAUUGCUACCAUAGCCAAUCAGGAACGUGCCGUUAUGUUGAUCGGCGAACAGGGUACCGGCAAAACUGUAAUAAUGAAGAAUUUUAUGAGGAAGAUGAACCCCGAGUCGUACAUGGGGCGUUCCUUUAAUUUUUCUUCCGCUACGAGCCCCUACCAAUUUCAGCGCACAAUUGAGAGCUAUGUGGAGAAACGAGUGGGCGUUACUUUUGGUCCACCGGGCGGUCGUAAGUUGAUCGUGUUUAUCGAUGAUGUCAACCUGCCGGAGAUCAAUGAGUGGGGCGAUCAAGUGACGAACGAGAUCGUGCGCCAGACCAUGGACAUGAAAGGCUUUUACAGCUUGGAGAAGCCGGGCGACUUUACAACAGUUGUGGACGUCCAGUAUGUUGCGGCGAUGGGUCUGCCCGGCGGAGGGCGUAAUGAUAUACCUUCGCGCUUGAAACGGCAGUUUUGUGUUUUUAAUUGCAAUAUUCCCGAUGACGAAUCAAUUGACAAAAUAUUCCGCGUGAUUGGUGAAGGUCAUUACAAUGCCAAGCGUGGGUUUGCUCCAGAGGUGCGCAGUUUAGUGAAGAAACUGAUUGUUGUGACUCGCCACUUGUGGCAGUGUACGCGCGAAAAGCUGUUGCCCACACCCGCGAAAUUCCAUUAUGUUUUCAGUUUGCGCGACCUUUCGCGUAUCUGGCAAGGCAUGGUGGGCACUUUGUCCACUGUUAUAACGGCGGAUAGUGUGCUCAUGUCGUUGUGGAAGCACGAAUGCACACGCGUGUUUGCGGACCGUUUUACGACGUUUCAGGAUAAGGAGUGGUUCAGUUCGGAGUUGGCUUGUCUGGUGCGUGAGGAGCUUGGCGAUUCCUAUUCCCAGAUGAUUAUACCGAACCCGGUGUUUGUCGAUUUCAUGCGCGAUGCACCUGAGCCGACGGGAGAGGAGGGAGAAGAUGCUGAUAUGGAGUUGCCGAAGGUCUACGAACCGGUGAAUUCUCAUGAAGUGCUCCGGGAGCGUCUCGUUAUGUUCCUCGCACAAUUCAAUGAAAUGGUACGAGGCUCUGGGAUGGAUCUGGUCUUCUUCCCAGAUGCAAUGUUGCAUUUGGUGAAGAUUUCUCGAAUCAUUCGGCAUCCGAGGGGAAAUGUCAUGCUUGUCGGGGUCGGUGGAUCGGGUAAACAAUCAUUGACAAAAUUGGCAUCAUUCAUAGCUGGCUACAAGACAUUCCAAAUUGCUUUGACGCGUUCGUACAAUGUGGCCAACUUCUUGGAGGACUUGAAAUUGUUAUAUCGCACCUGUGGUGUCCAAGGCAAAGGCACAACGUUCCUCUUCACCGACAUGGACAUUAAAGAAGAGGGCUUCCUUGAAUAUCUGAAUAAUAUAUUGUCAUCGGGUGUGAUAUCAAACCUAUUCUCGCGAGACGAACAGGCCGAAAUCGUACAAGAAUUAACUCCGGUAAUGAAACGAGAGAAUCAGCGAAAAACAGCGACCCCGGAAAGUGUGAUGGAGUUUUUCUUGGCCCGCACUUGCGCCAACCUGCAUGUUGCUUUUUGUUUCUCGCCGGUCGGUGAGACUUUCCGAUCGAGGGUGCAACGUUUUCCGGCACUAGUGUCCGGCUGCACUAUCGAUUGGUUCCAGCCGUGGCCAAAGGAUGCACUCGUCUCGGUGGCAAGACACUUUCUGAGUGACUUUGAAAUUGAGUGUACACCGGCCGUGAAGGAAGAGUUGGUGAACGCGCUCGGCUCAAUACAAGACAUAGUGGCCGAGACAUCGUUGGAGUAUUUUCAACGUUUUAGACGGGCUACGCACGUAACACCGAAGUCCUAUUUGAAUUUCAUUGCUGGCUACAAAAAUAUCUACCAGCAAAAGCAGAAAGAGUUGAGUGACGGCGUGGAAAAGAUGGACACCGGGUUGGAGAAGUUAAAAGAAGCAUCUGCCUCCGUAGAAAUACUGAAAAAGGACUUGGUCGUUAUGGAGGAGGAGCUAGUGGAGGCCUCGAAGAACGCCGAAUCAGUAUUGGUGGAAGUAACCGAAAGAGCAAUGCAGGCGGAAAUUGUAAAAAAUCAAGUUUUGAUUGUGAAAGACAAAGCUGAGGCGUUAGUAGCCUGUAUUGCACACGAAAAGGCACUUGCUGAGGAAAAGUUGGAGGCAGCCAAGCCGGCGCUGGAAGAGGCCGAAAUGGCGCUAAAUACCAUCAAGCCAGCGCAUAUUGCAACGGUGCGCAAGUUGGGCCGACCACCACAUCUGAUUAUGCGAAUUAUGGAUUGCGUUUUGAUUUUAUUCAAACGAAAGUUACAUCCCUGCAUACCUGAUUCUGGAACACCUUGUCCGAAGCCAUCCUGGCAGGAAUCGUUAAAGAUGAUGGCAAGCGCCACGUUUUUGCUACAACUACAAAACUAUCCGAAGGACACAAUAAACGAUGAAAUGAUCGACCUGUUGCAACCAUACUUUCGCAUGGAAGACUACAACAUGGACAUGGCGAGACGUGUAUGUGGCGACGUAGCUGGAUUGUUGUCCUGGACAAAAGCUAUGGGCUUCUUCCACAGCGUGAAUAAGGAAGUAUUGCCACUGAAGGCCAAUCUGACAAUGCAGGAGGCGCGCUUGAAGCUAGCCAUGGAUGAUCUAGCUGGCGCUGAAGAGCAAUUGCGUGAGCGUGAGGAGGCACUACAGGCUGUCAAAGACCAAUAUGACAAGGCCGUCGGUGAAAAACAACGACUCACCGAUGCCGCCAACGUAUGUUUGCGGAAAAUGACUGCAGCCACAGCUCUAAUAAAUGGACUCUCGGAUGAAAAGCAUCGCUGGACCAAUCAGAGCAAAGAGUUUAAGAUACAGCUGGGCAAAUUAGUUGGAGAUGUUUUAUUGGCGACAGGCUUUCUAUCGUACUGCGGCCCCUAUAAUCAGGAAUUCCGUGCGAAUUUGAUAAAAACCUGGAUGGGAAUUCUAAAGCACAAAAAUAUACCAUUCACGACAGGCUUGAACAUCAUCAAUAUGCUUGUCGAUUCGUCCACGGUGUCGGAGUGGACAUUGCAGGGCCUGCCAAAUGACGAAUUGUCGGUGCAGAAUGCCUUGAUUGCCACCAAAUCGAGCAGCUAUCCUCUGCUGGUGGAUCCUCAGACACAGGGCAAACUGUGGAUUAAGUCCAAGGAAGGCGACAAUGAACUGCAGAUCACAUCCUUAAAUCAUAAAUAUUUCCGAACACAUUUAGAAGACUCACUGUCGCUUGGACGACCGUUGCUGAUUGAGGACGUCGGCACCGAGCUGGAUCCAGUGCUCGACAAUGUGUUGGAGAAGAACUUCAUCAAGUCGGGUAGUAUAGAGAAGGUCUUGGUGGGCGACAAGGAGUGCGAUGUAAUGCCGGGAUUUAUGCUAUACAUAACCACUAAAUUACCAAACCCGGCCUUUAGUCCGGAGAUCAGCGCCAAAACGUCUAUUAUUGAUUUUACCGUGACAAUGCGGGGUCUUGAAGAUCAACUAUUAGGACGAGUAAUUCUCAUGGAGAAGUCAGAUUUGGAGGCAGAGCGUGUGGCACUUUUCGAAACAGUCAUGACAAACCAACGCAAAAUGAAGGAAUUAGAGGCGAAUCUAUUAUAUCGCCUAAGUUCCUCACAGGGCUCGUUGGUUGACGAUGAGGCCCUCAUUGAGGUACUGCGUGUGACGAAAACGACGUCUGAAGAGGUCAAUCAGAAGUUAAAGAUUUCCGAAGUGACAGAGCGUAAGAUAAUGAAGGCACGCGAGGAGUUCCGCGCAGUGGCCGCACGUGGUUCUGUGCUUUAUUUCUUGAUUGUCGAAAUGAGUAACGUGAACGUUAUGUAUCAGAAUUCACUGAAACAAUUUCUGGUAAUCUUCAAUAACUCCAUUACAAAGUCAACCAAAUCAAACGUGACCGAGGAGCGCAUACUAAUAAUUCUGCGUUAUCUGACCUAUGAGGUCUACAAGUUCACCAAUCGGAGCUUAUAUGAGCGGCACAAGCAGCUGUUCACUCUGAUGCUGGCCAUAAAAAUAGACUACCAUAACGGUAAUGUGACACACGAGGAGUUCAUGUCAUUUGUCAAGGGCGGUGCUUCACUGGAUUUGAAUGCUGUAACUCCGAAACCGUUUCGCUGGAUCUUAGACAUCACCUGGCUGAAUUUGGUGGAAAUCAGCAAAUUGGAAACAUUCUCAAAUGUCUUGUCACUGAUCGAAGCAAAUGAAAAGGACUGGCGCUUUUGGUACGAAGCCGAAAAACCGGAAAACGAGGAAAUACCAUGUGGCUAUCAGGAAUCUCUGGACGGCUUCCGAAAGCUGUUGCUAGUGCGUUCAUGGUGUCCGGACCGUACAAUUGCACAGGCUAAGAAGUACAUAGAGGAAUCUCUAGGCCCGGAAUACAGCGAGAUGCAGAUAUUGGACCUCGAAGUUACUUGGGGAGAAUCAGAGCCCCGCACGCCAUUCGUUUGCCUUCUAUCAAUUGGUUCAGACCCCACCACACAAAUCGCAGCUCUGGCUAAGCAAAAGGGCAUACCUUUGAAAUCGGUAUCCAUGGGCCAGGGCCAGGAAUGCCAUGCACGCAAAAUGAUAAUGGACUCAAUGUCCGGCGGUGGCUGGGUGUUGUUGCAGAAUGUUCAUCUCUCAUUGCCGUUCUGUUCGGAGGUCAUUGAUAUGCUGGUGGAGACGGAACACAUCGACGAUACGUUCCGCAUGUGGGUGACCACUGAACCACAUGCAGAUUUUCCAAUAGGCUUACUCCAAAUGGCCAUUAAAUUCACCAAUGAGCCGCCGCAGGGCAUACGCGCCAGUCUAAAGCGCAGCUACCAGGCUUUCACGCAAGACUUCCUCGACUACACCGCCGCGUCGCAAUGGCCACCACUGCUGUACACAGUGGCAUUUCUGCACACCAUCGUGCAGGAGCGUAGGAAGUUCGGGCCGCUGGGUUGGAACAUACCGUAUGAGUUUAAUCAGGCGGACUUUGCGGCGAGCGUGCAAUUCAUACAGAAUCACUUGGACGAAAUGGAUCCGAAGAAGGGAGUCUCAUGGCAGACGCUGGUCUACAUGAUUGGAGAGGUGCAGUACGGUGGUCGCGUGACUGAUGAUUUUGAUAAGAGACUGCUGACCACAUUCACGGCGGUGUGGUUUUGUGAGGGACUCUUGAGCAACUCAUUCGAAUUCCACAAAGGAUACAAAGUGCCGAAUACGAAGAGUUUGCAAGGCUUUGUCGACUACAUAAACAGUUUGCCAGCUUAUGACACGCCAGAAGUUUUCGGCUUGCAUUCCAAUGCUGACAUCACGUAUCAAAUUAAUUCGGCUAAAGGUAUUUUGGACACUAUAUUGAGCGUACAACCGAAGGAGGGUGGUGGUGGUGGUGGAGAGUCACGCGAAAGCAUCGUCUAUCAGCUGGCGGACGACAUGCUGCGCAAGCUUCCGUCACAGUAUAAUGCUUACGAGGUGCGUGAGAACCUGAUGCGCAUGGGAAUUCUCCUGCCGAUGAACAUCUUUCUCAGGCAAGAGAUUGAUCGCAUGCAGAAAGUGAUUAAGAAGGUGUACACAUGCUUGUGCGACUUGAAAUUGGCAAUUGAUGGCACCAUUGUGAUGAGUCCAGCAUUGAAGGAGUCCUUGGAUGCCAUGUAUGAUGCACGCAUACCGGAGUCGUGGAUGAAGAUAUCCUGGGAAUCUACAACUCUGGGCUUUUGGUACACUGAGCUACUCGAACGAAAUGCACAAUUCCGAACUUGGAUAUCUACGGACCGACCCAAGGUCUUUUGGAUGACGGGAUUCUUUAAUCCCCAAGGAUUUUUAACUGCUAUGCGUCAAGUAAGUCUCUCGGCGCGCCCUUCAACGAUAUAA